AUGUCGAGACAGGUAGGCGUACCCUAUCAGUCGAGACCCCAGAGCCGCGCCGGACAACCAUAUCUACAGAACGGCGAUAUCCAUGAUAGGCUAAUGUAUCACGCGCAGUCGCCAAGGCCGACGAAUGCUCCUCAAAUUCAAAAAUUUGAGGAUCCUUACGCUGUGGGAUAUGGUACACCUCGUAGAGGCGAAAUGUCGGCUACGUCUUACCGGAACUCCCCGAGCCAUUCUCUUGAUCAAGCUCCGCAUGGAGUAAAUGCUCAAUCAGCAGCGGAUCGGGAAAUGGCUCCACCGCCCACGCCAAUGCAGGUCCAACGGAUGCUGCCAACACCACCGCCGCGAUGGAAGGAGCAAAUACCACCUCCACCAUCGCCCCAACAGAUGGAUGAGAGGCUGCCUCCAUCAACACCACAGCGAAUGGAGGAGGAGAUGCCGACACCGUUAGUAUCGCAAGAAGGAGCUUCCGCUGAAAUCAGUGACACUCCAGAAGCUCCCCCAAGUUGCCAAAAACGGAUUAUCGAGGCCACGAAGUACGAGCCAGAGGGCACUUGCUGCCCACUUCACGCUCAGAUGAUCGACCUGAGCAUGAAAGUUCGAUUAAAUUACCCAGACGCCGAGGAAAGAGAGGUGACGGUGGACAGCGGCAACGAAGCGACCUCAAUCAAGAGGAGUUUCCUCCGUUCGGUGAUGCCUGAGGUAUCGAUCCGGAAGAACAGGCAUGCGAUAGCCAUGUUGAAUGCCACAAAAGGAGGCAACCAUGUUGUCAACAAGUACGCCGACUUCCGCAUUUUCAUCGACGGCGAAGACCAGGAUGGACCCCUCACGUUGUCGGUACCGAUCAGGGUGUCGGUGGAUAGUAAGCAGCAAUGUGAUUUGCUGCUGGGAAACAAUCUAUUUCAUCCACAGGGAGCUACCUUCGACUAUGCAGGAGGUCUAAUUUAUUUUAGGGCUAAUGGAUCGUUCAAAGCCCCGCUUCUUGUGAGGCCGUUCAUUCAUGAGCAUGAUGAGGAUACGGCGGAUGAGGCGAUAGAGAUGGAGGAAUCGUCGACAGAGAGCGAGGAUGGGUCAGAAGAUGUGCAAGAUGUAGCUAUGGGUGAUGAUGAUGAUAGUGAGUGA